GUUAUUUCCGUUCCGGCGGAAACAUGGAGACUUGACGAAACUCCGAGUGGGAGCUAGUAUUCUACAUAUAAAUGAUUGGAGAUCUUACUAUACUAUUGUUUUGGCAAUAAAUAAAUGAAAAAAUAAUAAAAUUGUACACUAAACUUGAGCUUUAAAUUCAACAUGUGUUUUUGUGUGCAAAUCUACAUAUGUCUCAUUCAAAUAUUUCCAGCUAAUCGAUACACUUCAAAUGCACUUGUACUGAUUGAUAAGAGUCCAUCAAAUCCAACGAGCAGUCUCAUUACUAGUCUUUAUGAAAACUGCGGUUGCAUACGGUGCGAGAUAUUCCAGUUUGAAAGCAAUAUUUAUGUGCAUAUGUAUGUAUGUAAGUACGUAUGUGCCCAUACAUAUAUGUACAUACAUAUGUGCAUAUACACGUGAGUGUAUUUCCAUUAUAAUCAAAAGCAAUAUCAAGUUAUCAAUUCAGUCAUUAGAGGGGCACCACAGCAGUCGGUUAUUGGAGAAAGAGAACGCACGAAAUGGAACGAAAUUUUGUUAUUUUCUGUGCAAUUGUGAUAUUUUUAUUAGGCAGUUUUAGCUCAUUAGUAGUUGGCGAAGAGUAUGAUGUUGUAUAUGGAUACGAAUGCCAGCAGAGCAAGUGUUUAAGAAUUGAAAUUACGGAGAAAACUAUAGAGACAGCCAUCAGUCUGCCAGUAUGUCGUUUGCUUUGCGGAGAUUCACCAGUGGGAACUGUCUGGCCAAAACCAACUGGAAUUAUGCGCACUGAGAAUAUUUUACUACAUGUAGAUAUAACAACAAUCACAUUUCAAUUUCCCACCAAACUCACCAAACAACUAUCGCUAUGGGAGGCAAGCAAAGAGAGAUUUUUGCAGCAGUUAAAAAGCCACACAGAAGAUGUAAUUGUCGCACCAAAGCCUGGUGGGUCCAAUUUGACAGUAGUAGUGGAAAUAAACUCCGAAAUCGAUGAGCUACCCCGUCUAACGCUUGAUACUGAUGAGAGCUACAAUCUAACUAUAUCCCCCCUAAAAGGGGAUGGCGCUGCGAUCGCUAAAAUCUCAGCAAAUACAUAUUUCGGUGGAAGACAUGGUUUGGAAACAAUUUCACAGUUAAUAGUUUAUGAUGAUAUUCGUCGAGAAUAUCAACUAUUGGCUAAAGUGGAAAUAGAAGAUGCACCUAGAUAUAAAUGGAGAGGAAUAUUAUUGGAUACGUCAAGGCACUUCUAUUCUGUGAAGUCUAUUAAACGUACUUUGGAUGCCCUUGCGAUGGUUAAACUCAACACCUUUCAUUGGCACAUUACAGAUUCUCAAAGCUUCCCACUAGAGAUCAAAUCCCAUCCAGAACUUCACAGAUUUGGCGCAUAUUCGCCUAGUAAGGUUUAUACACAUGAUACAAUUUCUGAAAUUGUGCAGUAUGGACUGAUUCGUGGCAUCCGAGUAGUGCCUGAAUUUGAUGCUCCCGCCCACGUGAAGGAAGGUUGGCAACAUAAGGGUAUGAUCGCUUGUGAGAGCUUUCAGCCCUGGAAGAGUUAUUGUGGAGAACCACCAUGUGGGCAACUAGACCCCACUGUAGAUGACAUUUAUCCGAUAUUAGAAGAUAUCUAUCGUGAAAUAUUUCAACUAUUUUCACCAGAUGUCUUUCAUAUGGGAGGUGAUGAGGUGCUAUCUAAAUGUUGGCAUGGCACUGAGAGUAUUCGCGAAUGGAUGCAAUUAAAAGGUUGGGAUUUGCAAGAGGAAGAUUUUCACCGGCUCUGGGGUUAUUUCCAAACAAACGCACUCGAAAGAGUAGAUAAAGUGUCCAACAACAGCAAUCAAUUAAUCACACUGUGGACAAGUAGUCUUACACAAGAGCCAUAUAUUGAUCAAUAUCUUAACAAUUCCAGAUAUAUCAUACAAAUUUGGACACGUGGUUCAAGCUCCGAAAUUAAAGCGAUCUUAAAACGUGGCUUUCGCGUUAUUAUUUCAAACUAUGAUGCUUUAUAUUUUGAUUGUGGUGGACCCAGCUGGGUAGACAUUGGCAAUAACUGGUGCUCACCGUAUAUUGGCUGGCAGAAAGUGUACGAUAAUAAUUUGGAUAACAUAGCUGGGGAAUAUAAAUCGCUGGUUUUAGGAGCCGAAGCGGCAAUUUGGUCCGAGCAAAUCGAUGAAUACACACUGGACUACCGAUUAUGGCCACGUUCAAGCGCAUUAGCAGAACGUUUGUGGUCGAAUCCCGUUGGAAAUUGGCGUGAAGCAGAAUCUCGAAUAUUAUAUCAUCGCGAACGAUUAGUAGCCAAUGGUAUAUACGCGGAGGCUCUUCAACCAGAAUGGUGUCUGCAAAAUGAUGGUGAAUGCCCAGUGAAAAGAGGUUGAUAUACAUACAUACAUACAUAUGUACCUAUACAGGUUGAUGAAUAGAACCGCAAUUGAUUUAGAGUACGAAUAAAUUUAUUUAUAUAUUUUUAAAUAAA